ACUUCAGAUGGCAUCUGAUGAAAGAAGGCUUUUGGGAAACACAUCCAUUGCUGCCGAAUGGAAUUCAUUGAAACUUUACGAAGAUACGAUACAGAAUGAUAUCAGUUCAUUUUGGCAUUACGUGCCGGAAGAAGAAAUUUCUGAGCAGAGCUGGAACAAAACACAGAACCAGUCUGAUGUUUCAUUCAAAUUCUUUUUGUUUGGUUCCUGUAGUAGUAAACUCACAUCAGAAAUGUUUCAUAAAUCAAUUGUGCUACUGGGAUUGAUUAUUGGAUUCCUGGGGCUCGUGGGAAAUGUUGUCACCGUCUUCAAAAUUUUGUACGAUAAAAAGUUCCAUACACCAACAUUCGUCGUCAUUGGAUGCAUUGCAUUUUCAGAUCUUCUCUUUAUCGUCUUCACGUUUGUUUUAAAAUUUUCCAACUUGCCUUACUAUAUUUUCUCCCAAAGUUAUAACGGCUUUAUUACUGUGCGGAUUUUAUAUGGGACGAUUUUCUAUAGUUCAGUUACACACAUUGUACUCCUUUCUGUAAUUAGAUAUUUAUUAAUAGCCUAUCCGUUACAGAGUAAAAUACAACUUACGCCGGCAGUUAUCGUAAGGUGUUCUUUAGUGGUUUGGGUUUUUAGUUCACUGUUUUCAGCAUUGAUAUCAAUACCAUUGAUGGUUGACUCUAUUAAAACAUUGAGUAUGCUUCUAAUAAGAAUAACAUAUUCAGGGUUAUGUAUUUGUGCAAUCCUGACUUUGCAUAUUUUGAAGAUGAAAGCCCUUAGAAAAUCUUCUAUUCCUACCAGUGUCAGCAGAAAAAUGAAUGUAAUAAUUCUUAUUAUAUUAUUAGUUUUUAUCUGCUAUCAAAUUGCAUACAUUGUAUUCAAGUCUGCUUCAAUCAUGUUAAAUAUUGAAACAAUUUCAAUGAAUUAUUUUGUUUAUAUAACUGACGUCUUCUUUAUCAUUGGUAAUCUUAACUACUCCUGUAAUCCUUAUAUACUUUUCUUUGCCUCAAUUUUAUGCUCACGCAGAAAACGUAAUCAAAUGAAACGCACGUAAAUACAUGUAGUAAUAUUGAUAGGGUUUUUUUAAGAUUGCUGUAGAUUGCAUUUUGAGAGUAUAACUGCUCUAGUGAAUAAAUCCUCGGGUUACAUGUGCCAUUUAGAAAUAAAAAAUAUUGCAAGAGGGGUUGUUUUCCCUUAAAUUCUACAUAAAUGUCUUGUGCUUAUUUGAAUGAGAAGAUCUAGCAUUGGUUUGGGCAUAUAGCUGCAAUGAACAAGUAGUGCACUUCACGUUUAAGAUACAAUUGUCCAAAUAGAUUUUCUCUUUUUCAGUUUUGUCGUGUUUCGUAAAACAGUAGACAUGCAAACUCUUCAUUGUCAUAUCAUGAGAUUUGCUCGUUAAUAAGAACUUUAAAAAUAAAGCGGUAAUACAUUAAGCAGUUAUAUGUUGGCAAUCUAAUGAAAUUU